GAUAUACAAGCAGUUGCCGAGCGACGAUUGGAGUGGAUUUUUGUAUGAAAAAUAUCAAUUUAAAUGGUCGUGUAAUCUCAGUGCAGUUUGCUUCAAGAUUUGGGACACGGCUGGCAUGGAACGGUUUCAUUCAAUCCCCGCAAACAUGUAUCGCGACUCGCAUUGCUGCGUGCUCGUCUACGAUGUGACUUCUCCAGAUUCAUUUACAGAUUUAGAAAUGUGGCAUACUGAAUUCCUAAAAAAUAUCAACCCAAUAGACACUACGCGUUUUCCCUUUGUCGUGAUUGGAAAUAAAGCUGAUCUUAAUAAAUAUAAUGUAUCGGCUGACGAAGUCAGGCAAUGGUGUAAGCUGAACAACAAUAUACCUCAUUUCGAGAUCUCAGCAAAGGACGGCCGACACGUGGAAGACGCUUUCAGGAUAGCUUCAAAAUUGGCUAUGGACUAUGCGAAGGAAAUGGGGCAAACCGAAGCAGAUUUGCCUACAACUCUAGAAAUUGAUGAACCAAGUCAAAAAAAAAAAUGCUGUUGCAUUUAA